ACACUUGCUGAACAGCAAGAAGCCAUCAGUCCCUCCCAUGGUUGCCAAUAUGUGACACUUGUUUGUAUGCCAGAGGCGUGCACCCGCUACUAAUUGCAUAUUCCGCUCUUGAAAAAUUUCUGACGAAGAUGGCACUUCGCGUGUUUCUGGUUCGCCACGGCGAGUCCGUCGACAAUGUCGCUGGUCUUUAUGCAGGCUCUCGCGACUCGCCGCUGACCAGCCACGGUGUCCUGCAGGCGCAACGCCUCGGCGCCCACCUUGCUGCGCGCUCUGCUACCAUCGGCCCAGUCAAUUACAUCUUCGCUUCCAACUUGCGACGUGCUGUAAAGACUGCCGAAGCUAUUGCUGAGGCGCAGCAUGGGGUACAGGGGGUCAAUCGGGUGUUCGAGGUAGUCCAGGUGCCCAUGCUCCGAGAGAAAGACUUUGGCUCUGAGGAGGGGAUGCGCUUUGGCACCCGUGGCGCGCAGAAGACGGCCACAUCUAGUGCUUCUGCUUCUGCUGCUGCUGCUGCGGCCUGGGUUGAGACCGAGUCCCAACAGUCCAUGAGCGACAGGAUCAAUCGCUUCGUCGACGACUCGUUCGUGCAGACUGCCAUUCAAGCCACUGUUGACGAACAACCCGGCUCGAUUGCCAUCGUCGCUCAUGGUAUCAUUCUGAACGUCUUGCUGAGAUGCCUCCUCACCCGAUUUGGGCCCGAGGAGAUCCCUAGACUCGCUAGGCCGGGGACUGCACCAUGGAGGUCUGAAUGGCUCGCUGCAUGGUCCAAUACUGGAUACCUUGAGCUGGAGCUGCGAAUUCCUUCACCCGCUGGAGCUGACCUUGCUACCCCCGAAAUCCAGCUGUUCGUUAAGUCGGUGAACUCCGUCGACCAUCUACAGGGCUUGAAAAAGACCCGCGGUGGCAUUGGGAGUGCGGGAUUCGACGAGAAGCAGAGAACCAUGGAAUCUUUCUUCUCCCGUUCGACCGGCAAAUGA